AUGUCUACAUCGCGCCCGAAGACGGCGCAUUCAGCCCCUGAUACACCACCCCAUCUCUCCACGCUCAACAUCUUCUGCGUGUUCGCCCUAGCCAAUCUCACCGCCGCCGCCCUCUCGCCGAUCCAAGACUGCGACGAAGUCUUCAACUACUGGGAACCAAGCCACUACCUCAACCAUGGCUACGGCCUCCAGACCUGGGAGUACUCUCCUGACUAUGCCAUCCGAAGCUGGGCCUACACUGCUAUACACUCGCUCGUAAUAGGACUCGCUACGCUGCCUCUGCAGGCGCUAGGCUUAGAAAGAUCCAAGGUGUUCGAGUUCUACUUCUUGCGAGCGGUCCUAGCCAUAGUCUGCGCAGGAUGCCAGUCUCGCAUGUACACGGCUAUCAAGAAGAUGUUCGAGGUGCGCGUUGCGUCUUUCUUCGCCAUGAUCAUGGUCAUAAGCCCCGGCAUGUAUCACGCUGCCCCUGCAUAUCUGCCGUCGAGUUUCGCCAUGAAUUGUGCUAUGCUUGGAUUUGCGUCGUUCAUGGACUGGUCCCGGCGUAAGAUGAGGACUGCACAAGGUAUUGCGUGGUUCGCCGUCGGCAGUGCUUUGGGCUGGCCCUUUGCAGGCGCGCUCGCCCUUCCCUUUAUUGCGGAAGAUUUCAUCGCGGGCGUGUUCACUGGCACCAUCAAAGAGAGUCUGCGUCGCAUACUACUCCAAGGCGCACCUAGAGCCUUCGCUAUUGUAAUCUUGCAGACCGCCAUUGAUUCGCUGUUCUACAGGAAGCUGGUCUGCGUGCCGCUCAACAUCGUACUAUACAAUGUUUUCAGCGGUGGUAGUAGAGGCCCUGAUAUCUACGGUGUAGAGCCGUGGCAUUUCUACGUUCGAAAUCUAGCGCUCAACUUCAACAUCUGGUUCUUCCUCGCGAUGGCUGCUCUCCCGCUGCUGCUGAUCCAGUAUGUCGUUUUUGACAGAGCUGUUUAUCGGAAUACGCUCACGAGGUCCAUCACCUUUGUCAGCCCAUUCUACUUGUGGUUGGCGAUAUUUACCGUCCAGCCUCAUAAAGAAGAGCGGUUCAUGUACCCAGCCUAUCCUGCACUAGCCUGGAAUGCAGCCCUCUCCUUGCACAUCUUGUUAGCCAACUUUGGUUCGAUGGAUCCACGGCAUCUAGUGAGCAAAAUACCUCCAAUGGUGAAGCUCGUCAUCGUUUGUAUUCCCAUACUCGUGUCCUUGAAUCUGGGCAUCCUUAGAAUUCAUGGUCACAUGUCCGCCUACUCGGCGCCACUCAACGUGUACAAGCCAUUGUUCGACUCCACAGUCUCCCACCCAGGUGAUACCGUAUGUCUAGGCAAAGAGUGGUAUCGCUUCCCAUCCUCCUUCAACCUACCCCAAGGUGUGCGCGCCAAGUUCAUCAAGAGCGAAUUCUCUGGUCUCCUCCCAGGCGAGUUCAGCGAAGCCGACGCCAGUCUUGGACUAUUCCCCGGCACCUGGCUUAUACCAUCUGGAAUGAACGAUGAGAACCUAGAAGAUCUCAGCAAAUAUACCGAUCUCGAGCAGUGCGACUUCAUCGUUGAUACUCGCUCUGCUGGCGCCCCACCAACAGCGCUCGAGCCGGACUACAUUUCCGACACAGAACACUGGAAAGCGUUGAAAUGUCUUCCUUUCCUAGACGCAAGCAAGACCCACACCAUCAGUCGCAUGCUCUGGGUCCCAGACCUAUCCAUCAUCCCCGCCAAGUUCCGUCGCCAAUGGGGCGACUACUGCUUGCUACAGCGCAAAGAUCCAAAAGGCGCAUAG